CUAACCAUAGAGUAGAGAUAUUGUAUCUCACCUCUAUGUCUCUAACAUGUUGUAACCCAAAGAGUAUAUAUGCUGUAACCUCUGAGAAUGCUCCUUCCCGCCAAUAACGUAAACGCACAGAAGAAAACACGAAAGUGCGUUUGCGUCGGUUUCGAGGUAUUAUAAAUGUGUGUGUUUUAGGCAAUUUAAUAAUUUUUUAUACUGUGUGCCCAAAUAAUGAAGGGUAUUUGAUUGGAGGCAAUUCCUGUAGUUCUGAAUCGAUGAAGUGAGAACCAGCAAAAGAGGAUUUGUGUGAUUUGAAACUGAAGGUGAAAAGAACAGUGUGUCAAAAUGAACAAGAAAGUUUUGGGUGCUGUGACUACUCCUGCAGCAGGUUCAACAUUUAACAGAAGAAAAUCCUUAAAAGCGACUCCUGAUGUACCAGAAGAUAUUCCAUUGAAUGAUGAUGAAGCUGAAAUUGAGCAACGAAGACGACUCAGUGGGAGAUUUGGACAAUUGGCAGGAAAACGUGUUUCUUUGGGAGGAAUUGCUGAGUUGUCAGCAUCAGAGUUGGUGGCUCAGUACACAAAUUGCAUGCGUUUGUCUGCUGAAAAUAAAAUAAAUCAUAAAAAUGCUUUCAGUUUGCCACUUAUUGAUUGUAUGAAAUUACUUUUGAAAAAAAAGGAUGAACAAAUGAACAAUUUUCAGGUAGUGGGCUGUACUCUGGAUGCCAGUGCCAAAAUAUAUGCUUCUCGAGUUGAUAGGGUUCACAUGGAUGGAAUCAGUUUUGCCAAAGGUCUUGGAAGUCGAGCUCGAGACUUACCUACUUCCAAAAAUAGUGGAAGUGGUGAUGAUGAUGCUUUAGAGGAAGGUGCUGAACAUGCAAAGAAGAAAAAGUAUAGAAAGAAACAUAAACUAUCCAAAGAUACAUCCAAAAUCAACAUAACAAUGGAUGCUGCUGAACCAGAUCCAACGUAUGUAGUUUUGAGCAAACAGUUCAGUAAUUGUCAACCAUCAUUCAUUUGUUUUAUUCCAAGAUUAAGUGUAGUUGGGGAUAGUAGCAAAGUGUUCAUGGAAAUGAAAAGACAGUUUCUUACUAAGGAACAAGAAAUGUCAACUUACAAAGAAAUGGAUGUAAGUUUUGAUUGUGAUGCUGAUGGUAAUGGACAAAUUGUGGAACUUCCAUUUAGAGAAAUUCUUGCCAGAGAGACUGAAGAUAUUGAUUAUGAUACACUCCUCCAUGCGUCUACUUUUGAUGAUAGUUUAUUUGAUGUUGAUGAUAGAAAUGACAAUGAUAUGAAUGACUUUUGUGGACCAGAAGAUCCAAUUUUCAAUGAUAAUGUUGCUGUUGACAAAGAAGGUAUCUCUGAGGAUGCGAGAGAUACAUCGGCUUGGAAGGCUGUAAGCAGUGUGGUAUCAGAAGACAUACAAGCUGUGGGAUGUCAAGCAAAAGCAGGACCUCGAGAACGGGUUGUAGAUUUGCAACAGGCGAUACUCAGGAAAGUACAAGAAGGAAGCAAUCUAGAGUAUACAUAUCUGAAUCUUGACCGUAUCCUGUUUGCUGGACCUGCUCAUUGGGGUCGAUUGCCAGUUGCCAAAGUAAAAGAGAAAACAUGUGCGCUGGAAGGAAACAAAAAAAAAAGUGAUAAGAAAGUUAUCCUGGACUUCAAUCAUAUGAAAGAUGUGGAUUUGCCACUCUCACGUGGAAUUAUUCUCACAAGAGCGUACAUAGAAAAUAACUGGUCUACAGAUAAAGUUACAAAUCCUGCAGAUCUGCAUCUGGACCCUAAAACCCUUUUAAGGUUCUUCAACUGCCCUAAGUGUGGUGUUAACGUAACCUCAACUCAAAAGAAUAGAGAAAUACUUCCAGAAGAAGAAGAAGAUGGUGAUAUCAAUGAUUAUGAUUAUGAUAAUUUGAAUGACAGUCAACAAUUUUGUCCUGCCCCGUGUUUGGAACCAGAAAGUGAUGGUGAUACUAGUGCAUCAAAAGGAAAUUGCCCUGAAGGAGGGGAACCUGCUGCAGACAUUCAUUCUUUUGAGCCAUCUGAAUCAUCUGACGGUUGGUCGAUGGUGGAUCCACCUAAUAAGGUGGCUCGAAUAGCAGUGCCGUAUGCCCAACAUGCCAAAAAAGUUGAUAUGAAAGUGUUGAAAAUGGCAAUUUGGAGUGCUUUGAGUGACCAUAAACAGAAUGGCGAGAUUGAUGCAGGAUUGACACCAAAACAAAAAAAGAGACUAAAUAACAAUAAUAUUAAGAAUACAAAUUCAUCACAAACUUCUCUUAUGGAGGGACAAAUGAACUUUUCAGAAAUGGAAAGAAUAGUAAUUAAAAAAGUUCCAACAGAUAUGGCUCAGGAAUUGACUAUGCCAUUAAUUUUUACUGCUCUUCUUCAUUUAGCAAAUGAACGUAUUUUAUCUCUGAAAGGUCUUGAAGACCAUUCUGAUAUCAUUAUUACACAAGAUAGUGGUGCUGAAAAAUUUAUUCAUCAACUACAGCAAAGAGAAUUUGUGUAGUUAAUGUGUAUAAAUUUCUACAUCUGACAAUUUUAUAACAAUGUGUAUAUAGUACAAACAUAAUAUUGUGUAAAUAAUAAAAAAGAGGAUAAUAAAU